AUGGGUCCUGAAGGGAGACAUGGACCCCGGCAAAAAGGAGAAGAAGCCUCGGUCGAAGUGACAGAUCCAACUGCCUUCUCCGUCCAGAGUAAGCGAGAGACUAGCCCAUAUGGGCCGCUUAUCUCAUUUUCGCGACAACACGCCAUUCCCUCUAACAAAGUUCCGGCUUUGCGUGCCGGGAUCUAG